CAUAUCAUUGAUUCAUGUUACUAAUUACAUUUGAUAUGUCUUUUCAUUCCCAAGCCCAACCCCACCCUGGUCAAAUGGGACACAUAGACAAAAACAUAACAUGAUCCGAUCAAUCUUGCUCCUCAAUUUAGACAUACAUAAUUGUGGAUUGAAUAUUAUGCUUUAUUUGCAUUGACAAUUGUGAGUCCCUUGAUGAUUGAAAUCAUUCACCAACUUGACUUCUUGGGUUAGUCCGAUUCUUGACAUAUCUGGAACUUAGAUCCUGUAUAGCUGCUGCAGAACUAUUGCAUCUAGAUGUAUGUUAAUCCAGGUGAAUUUUACAUCCAAAUUCAACGACACUGCAACCACUUCACCGGUGUCAUCUAGCUGCUAGAUUUUGAUAAAAACUAAACCAAUUGUCAAAACGAAGUAAUAGUUUCUACACCAAAUAGAACUGAGUCACCAAGUGCAAGUGUAGAACCAAUAGUUAGUUGGUGGACACUUACUCCUACUAAAAAUGAAAAAUAAUUGAGGUAUACAAUAGUUGAAAGGAUAGGAGAUUCUGAGUUUAGAAGGUAGGCCUUGACUAAAUCCAACCAAUUAACAAAUGGAUAAAGAUACAAACAAAACGUGCAAGAUAUUUAGAGAGGGUAAGAUAUCACCUAGAUAUAACAGCCAAAGGAUGACAUAUCACAACCAAUCUUUAUUGUUGAGGACAAGACAUGAGCUGAUGAUGUAGCAGUAUGGUUUCAUUUGGCAUGAGACAUGCAUGUGAACAAUACUUAUUUUCUUUGUUUACAGGGAGAAAUAGACCUAUUUUCACUAAAUCAUAUCAUGAUAGAGAGAGAGAGAACAUUCCAACAUAAGCACUAGAGCUGUGGGACACAGGUCAAAGCAUGUUUCCCAGCUCCUUAAUCAAUAAUUGCAUUUUUUUUCCUUCCUCCAUCACUUCCCUUUGAAAUACACUUUCCAUGCUCUUCUAUAUAAUGUUUUGAAGCAAUGAACAACUUUCCCUAUGUAGCAAGCAAACCUGAUUUUCAUCACAUGAUGAGUUCUUCCAUCUUUCUUCUAUACUGCCUUCUCGCACUCUCUUGGUAUUCCAUCUCUCAACACACAGGCUAUAGCUAUUCUCUAGACUUUAUGCCAGCAAGGAAGUUGAGCAUGCCAGCUCCUGGGCAUGACCACAAAUAUCAUGAAACCCAGGUAGCAGACGAGGCAAUGGAAAGUACCCCUGCCAAAGCAGAUUUCACAACACAAGAAAUUACCAGCAACAGUUACAGUCCUCAUGAUCUUAUCUAUCAUACAGAUUACCAUGGAGUAACAACUCAUCCAACUCCUAAACAUCCAACACCAUAGGCCGCAGAUUUAAUUUUGAUUUGUUGAAGAUUUAUGAAGAGACAUGUAUUCUAGUUCUUAUCAGUAUAUAAAUGUAAUGCACUGACAGCACUGUGUAUGUGGGGAGAGAAAAAUAGUUUUGCUUAUAUACUUGAGCUGAUGACAUGGUUCAUUUUCAUUGCUCAUCUAGUUUGCCCAA